AGCGUCAGGGCGUCGUCGACACCGGAUUGCUUUAUUUCCGUGCAUCGUCAAAAAUGAAAAGGGACGGGUUUUUUGGUAUAUUGUCACUGCGCCGUGUAAAAAGUUGAGAGUCACGACUGUAGCAACGAUGCAAACGUCCGUGUCGUACUGGCGCCUUUCGAACCACACCCAACUGGGUCCUACACCCUACGAGUUGCAUGACAACAAGAAUUGCGAUCGCUGCAAAAUGUGACCGAAUCAAUCCUACCAGUGGGAUCCCAUCGUCGACUUGCCCAGAUGCUGAAGCAUUCUUUGAUACUCAAUGCACUUGAAAUCGUGCCAUCUUUUGCAAUCUCAGCAAGCGCAAAGUUGUCCAGACAGCCGGGGAGAUUUGUCACGUGUUCCACAAAAUCCUUGUGAAGCUGUUGCAACCAGGCGACAUUUCCUCGAGAUCGGCAACUGUUGAAACAUGUCGCCAUUUCAUUCAACGCGCCGUCAAGUUGUCACCAUCUGUAGGAGAUCGCAGUCGACCUCGACCUAUCAGAAUGCAGAAGAAUAUGCAAAAAAACUUUUGAGGAACAGCGACUAUGAGAACUAUGUAGCGACAUUGUUCAUACCGCCCGCUGCACGAACUGGUGCUUGGGCGGUUCGCGCUUUCAAUGUGGAGACGGCACUUAUUCGGGAGAAUGUGAAGAAUCCAAACUUGGGAAAGAUGAGGAUAGAUUGGUGGAGAGACGCUAUAGAAAAGACGUACGCGGGACGACCUCCUAAUCAUCCCGUUACGAUGUUGCUCGCCCACUCCAUGGAUGUAGCACCACUUUCACACUCAUGGUUCAAGCGCAUCUUGACUGCAAGGGAAGCGAAUCUUCAAGAUCCUCAAUACCCAACUAUAAAGGAUUUGGAGAACUACGCUGAGAAUACAGCUUCCAGCGUGCUGUACCUUUUGCUAGAGACUCUAGGGAUCCGGGACCAUCAUGCCGACCAUGCAGCUAGCCAUGUAGGCAAAGCUGGCGGAAUUACAACGAUCCUCCGUGGAACGCCCUUCCAUGUCAAAGAAAGGCGAUUUUAUCUGCCAUCUGAAAUUAUGGCAAAGCACUCGCUAUCCACGGAAGAUGUAUUCCGUAACGGACCCAGUCAUGAACUUGAAGAGGUCGCCUUUGAAGUGGCGACGACAGCAAACGAUCAUUUAAUUACCGCCCGCUCCUUCUUGAAAGACACCCCAAUGUCCGCUCUGCCUGCUCUGUUAGCCGCGAUUCCCUGUGAUGCAUAUCUGCAAGCACUAGAAAAGGCCAACUUUAACUUAUUUGAGGUUAAACUUGCCCGGUGGAAAAUGCUGUAUAAACUUUGGAGUGCAGCAAGAAAGGGAGUAAUUUGAAUUGGACUGAAGCGGCAUGGCUCGAGUUAGAGACAGUUCACCAACACCGUCGCACGGCUCCCUGGGACGAUGUAUCACGGCCAUUCCAGCGCAUUAAGACAGAUAUAUCUGCUGAGCUCCGCCUGGCAAUGCAGCAAGGGGUCUGUUGACACCGGUAUGCUGAACAAUUCAUUCAGUAGCCAUAUCCGACACAUUGCAUCCCGCAUCCUGCUGCUACCGGCGGAUUUCCUAAUUGACAGUUGAGUUAAGGAUUCCUACAAUGUAAGAUUAAAUUUACUGCAUUCCAAUAUUUAUAUACAACCAUCUAUCUGUCAUGGAAAUGUACUGGAUUGGAAAAAAGCUGGAAACUGAU